ACGCGGGUGCCGGGCCAGGGAACGCAUCGCUGAGCGCCAUGAAGAACCCGCUGGGACCUGCCUGCAUCUUUUUGCGCAAGGGCAUUGCUGAGAAACAGGGGGAACGGGAGCUGGGACCUGAUGAAAUCGAAGAGCUCCGCGAGGCUUUUGAUGAAUUUGACAAGGACAAAGACGGUUACAUCACCUGCAAAGAUUUGGGGAACCUCAUGAGGACGAUGGGAUACAUGCCAACCGAGAUGGAGCUCAUAGAGUUAUCACAGCAGAUCAACAUGAACCUCGGGGGUCGUGUGGAUUUUGAGGACUUUGUGGAGAUGAUGUCACCCAAGCUGCUGGCAGAGACGGCGGGCAUGAUUGGCUUGCAGGAGAUGAGGGACGCCUUCAAAGAGUUUGAUGCAAACGGGGAUGGUGAAAUAACAUUGGAUGAGCUGCACCAGGCCAUGAAACGACUGAUGGGUGAACGCCUGACUGCUCGGGAGAUUGCCGACGUGGUGAAGGAAGCCGACGUCAAUGGAGACGGAACGGUGGAUUUUGAGGAGUUUGUGAGGAUGAUGUCCCGCUGACGGAGUCUUCCCCCCCAUCCCUGGAUCCAAGCACAGAAUAAGA